AUGGGAGGUCCGGCCAAGGCUGAAACCUGGAUUCGGGCCAUAGAGCGCAUCUUCAAGUUCCUAAGGUGCACCGACCAGGAGCGCCUAUCGUGCAUAACCUACCAGCUCACUGGGUCCGCGGAGUUUUUGUGGGAGACCAAGCAGCGGACUAUGACGCAGGAACAACUAGACGCCCUGGCGUGGGAAGACUUCAAGGAGGAACUAUAUGAUAAGUAUAUCCCGAAGAGUUACCGUAAGGCUAAGGAGGCCGAAUACGCACCGGAGCAGGUGAAUACCGAUGAGAAAAUGGUGGAGAAGUUUUGUGCUGGUCUGAGGCACGAAAUAAGAAAGGCUUUUGCAUGCCAUGGAAGGCUCUCGUAUGCCGAGUCACUGUCUCGUGCGUUGGAUGUGGAAGAAGCAAUGCCACGAGAAAAGACAGCUACGCCUACUACUCCAACACCACCUACACUGCAACAGAAUUUCCGGGAUAAGAGAAAAUGGGACGGGAACAAGAGAUUCCAAGGUACCCCAAACUCUGCACGGGGCAAGGGAAAGCAAACUACUUCAUAUCAAGGUGGAGAGUACUGUCAGAUAGCACCUCCAUACGCCAAACCCAGUGUAUUGCCGUGGGGAGCACCUGUGCUGUUUGUGAAGAAGAAAGACGGAACACUGAGAAUGUACAUAGACUACCGGGAAUUGAACAAAUUAACUCUCAAGAACAAGUAUCCUCUGCCGAGAAUAGAUGACCUGUUUGACCAACUCAGGGGAGCAGGAGUAUUUUCGAAAAUGGAUUUAAGGUCAGGAUAUCACCAGUUGAGGGUACGAAGAGAAGAUAUACCCAAGACGGCGUUCCGAACAAGGUAUGGGCAUUAUGAGUUUGUAGUAAUGCCGUUUGGACUGACAAAUGCACCCGCAGUAUUCAUGGACUUGAUGAAUCGAGUAUUCCAUCCAUACUUGGACAAGUUCGUACUGGUGUUCAUAGAUGAUGUGCUGGUUUACUCAAAGAAUGAAAAAGAACAUGAGGAACAUCUAAGGAUCACUCUAGAGACGCUGAGAACGGAGAAGUUGUACGCCAAGUUCAGUAAGUGGACGGCCGAAGGGAUUCGAGUUGACCCUGCAAAGGUGGAGGCCGUACAGCAGUGGAAGGUGCCAAAGACCCCAAAUGAGAUUCGGAGUUUCCUGGGACUGGCAGUAUACUACCGAAGAUUUAUUGAGGGAUUUUCCAAAAUUGCAAGGCCAAUGACCCAACAACUGAAGAAAGGGACCAAGGUCAAUUGGACACCGGAGUGUGAGGCUAGUUUCCAGUUGUUGAAAAAGAAGUUGACCAUCGCACCUAUUCUAGCCGUGCCAGAGGGCAAAGCAAAUGUAGUGGCAGAUGCACUGAGCCGGAAAGCCCAACCACAAACGAUUCAAACUCUCGAGGAUAUGUUGAGAGCCGUGGUUCUUGACAGAGGAGAAAAUUGGGAAGUCGUAUUGCCGUUGAUCGAGUUUGCCUACAACAACAGUUUCCAGGCAACGAUAAAUAUGGCCCCAUACGAAAUAUUGUAUGGGAGGAAGUGUAGAUCACCCCUCUACUGGGAUGAGGUUGGUGAAAGAAGAAUACUUGGGCCAGAUUCAGUCGAAGAAAUGAUUGAGAUUGUGCGACAAAUUCGUCAAAGGAUAAAA